AUUGACAUCUUCGGGUGGUUAGCUUCGUGAAGAGCUAGGCGAAGUUCCCUUCGCAUGGGCCGCUAAUUGCCUUGGGUAGUGGGCAAUUUUCCUGGAGAAAAGAUUCAAAUAGGAGGCCAGUCCCCCCUCCCCUUGCUGCUGAAGCGUCCAUCCAGUCCUGCAACGCCAGAAACACUGCUGCUUCAAAGACCAAGGCAAAAGAAAAUGCUGCACCAAGCUCUCAAGCCGCUCGUGGUCGCCGCGCUGGGGCUGAGCGCCUGCCUCCCCACGGCGCUGGCGCAGCAGCAGUCGGCCAACGCCAACACGCUGGUGAGCCGGCGACUGACGGAGUACCAGCUGCCGGUGGCCACGGAGACACACGAGUUCGCGCGGGUGCCGAACACGAACUUCGUGCUGCUAUCGCAGAUGUCGGACAGCGAGCUGGUCAAGAUCGAGCUCGACCCCACCACGGAGGAGCCGAUCGCGUGGCAGACGUUCCCCAUGGGGCGCAACCGCAGCUCUCAGCUGCACGGGGUGUGGCCGUCGACGCUGUACCCGGGGCUGAUGUGGCUGACGCUGCAGGCGGAGAACAAGCUGCUGCUCGUGGACCCCGGCCGCACGCUGGCGGCGAAGCCCGUGGUGGUGCGCACGAUCGACAUCCCCGCCCCCGGCAACGGGCCGCACUGCGUCUUCGAGAUCGGGGACCGCGUCUGGGCCGGGCUGAAGGUCGCCUCGCCGCAGACGGGCCGGUACUACGUCUUCUCGGCGGACGUCUCGCACCUGAACGCCACCACCAUCGCCCGGGCUGGGGGCUCCCCCUCGACGGCCGCCGUCCCCGCCCGAGACCCGAAGCUGUACCCCUGCCUCAACAGCCCCGUCUUCAUCAAGGAGGAGCCCACGACCGGCCUGAUCUACGUGACCCAGGACACCGACUCGGCCAUCCUGCGCAUCAACGCCACCAGCGGCGAGACGGCGCAGCUGCCCAUCCCGCCGAGCGUGGGCAACAACGCCGUCGGCAUGCUGUCCGCGGGCGGGGCCUUGAGCGGCGUGUGGUUCACGCUGGCCGGCAACGCCACCGGCGGCACGGGCACCUUCGGCCACAUCGGCCCCGACGGCGAGAUGGCCUUCUUCCGGCUGCGCCACCCCUUGCUCGGCGCCAACGCGGGCCUCCUGCACCUCGCCGACGCCUCCACCCCGGCCGGCGGCCCCGCCCUCUGGCUGCUGUCCACCUCCCUGCUGAGCAGCAACUCCCCCGACGCCCUGAUCCGCGUCACCUUCGACGCCAACCUCACCGCCGUCGCCGACGAGGAGUACGUCUCCAUGCUCACCCAGAACGCCAUGGUCCACCGCGUCCUGCCCCUCGACCGCACCGUCCUCGUCUCCGAGCUCCACACCUUCACCCUCGCCCAGCUCGCCUACAAUCAUACCGUCGCCGGCCAGUGGCUGCCCGCCGAGGCCGUCACCAACACCACCGUCUACACCCAGGCCGGUUAGAGAAGAG